AUGGACACAGACAAUCCCGGCACGCCUACCGGCACCGAUGCCUCUCGCAACCAGCAGGUCGAUAAUGCCAUCCGUGCCAUUCGCGAGAAGAAGCCCCUGCCCGAGAUCGACUUCACCAUCCAUACCAUGGAAGAUGGCACCCAGGUGAACACCAUGGAACGUGUCUGCAAGGAUGUGCAGGCCCCCGCCAUGCAGAAGCCCACCGACGAGCAGUUCUUCCACGACGAAACCCACAGCAAGCCCGACAUUAACUUCCUCAAGCAGCACUUCUAUCGCGAGGGUCGCUUGACCGAGGAGCAGGCUCUAUGGAUCCUCAAGAAGGGCACAGAGGUUCUUCGCGCCGAACCCAACCUGCUCGAGAUGGAUGCGCCCAUUACCGUCUGCGGUGACGUCCACGGCCAGUACUACGAUCUCAUGAAGCUCUUUGAAGUCGGCGGCGACCCCUCCGAGACCCGCUACCUCUUCCUCGGUGACUACGUCGACAGGGGCUACUUCAGCAUCGAGUGCGUCCUGUACCUCUGGUGCCUCAAGAUCCACUAUCCCAACUCGCUGUGGCUGCUGCGCGGUAAUCACGAGUGUCGCCACCUGACAGACUACUUCACCUUCAAGCUCGAGUGCAAGCACAAGUACUCCGAGGCCGUCUACGAGGCCUGCAUGGAGUCGUUCUGCUCCCUCCCCCUGGCCGCUGUCAUGAACAAGCAGUUCCUCUGCAUCCACGGUGGUCUGAGCCCCGAGCUGCACACGCUCGAUGACCUGCGAACCAUUGACCGUUUCCGUGAACCCCCUACACAAGGCCUCAUGUGCGACAUUCUGUGGGCUGAUCCGCUCGAAGACUUUGGACAGGAGAAGACGAGCGAUUACUUCCUGCACAAUAACGUCCGAGGCUGCUCCUACUUCUUCUCCUACCCCGCCGCCUGCGCGUUCCUCGAGAAGAACAACUUGCUAUCCGUCAUUCGUGCGCACGAGGCCCAGGAUGCAGGCUACCGCAUGUACCGCAAGACACGCACCACUGGUUUCCCCAGUGUCAUGACCAUCUUCUCGGCGCCCAACUACCUGGACGUUUACAACAACAAGGCUGCCGUUCUCAAGUACGAGAACAAUGUUAUGAACAUUCGCCAGUUCAACUGCACGCCUCACCCCUACUGGCUCCCCAACUUUAUGGAUGUCUUCACCUGGUCGCUGCCCUUCGUCGGUGAGAAGAUCACCGACAUGCUCAUUGCCAUUCUCAGCACGUGCUCUGAGGAGGAGCUCAAAGAAGACGCCACGCCAUCAUCCACCUCGCCGGGCCCCGUCUCACCUCCCCUGUCCUCGGCCGCCGCCGUCAACAUGGACCCCGACUCGAUCGAGUUCAAGAGGCGCGCGAUCAAGAACAAGAUCCUGGCCAUCGGGCGUCUGUCGCGCGUCUUCCAGGUUCUGCGCGAGGAGUCUGAACGCGUCACGGAGCUCAAGACGGUCUCUGGCGGACGUCUGCCUGCCGGCACGCUCAUGCUGGGUGCCGAAGGCAUCAAGAACGCUAUCAGCACGUUCGAGGACGCGAGGAAGGUCGAUAUCCAGAACGAGAGGCUGCCGCCGACCCACGAUGAGGUCGCCAGGCAUCAGGAGGAAGAGAGGCGGCAGAAUCUCGAGAAGGCUGCCGAGGAUGCAGCCAACGACAAGAAGCUGCAGCAGCUUAGCAGGAGGCUCAGCACUGAUCGCAAGCGAUGA